CCUACUCCGUACGGGGGAGAUUUGAACGUCGAUUAGCAUUUGCCCGCGCAGAAGUUGUUUGGUUAGUGUUCCAGAGUUGCGAUUAAGGGCGUACCCACUCGCAUGCCACAUGGAUGCAUGGUCGGCAGCAAGGAGGUAGGUCAUCACAUGGGCCACCCUCAUGGCCAACUACUCGCUAUCAAGGCCGUUCAUUCCUCCUGGAUCUGGCUGGAUCCUGCUGGGUCCUGCUAAAGGGAGACGGCAUUUCGCUUUGUUACACUCGCCCGAACCCAUAACAACGGCUAGGUCCAGGAUGCUCGGUCCUGUACAACUCCGAGUCCAAACGGCGUAGAGCCGCGGGUCUAGAUUCCGGUGUUAUGGCCCCUGCUGGUUCGAU